AUGGUGGAACUGUCACGGUUAAAGCAGCAGGAGAAACCAGUGACAUCGUUACAAUCAAUCAAACACACACAAUCACAACAUCUGUUAAGAUUCAUUGCCACUAGCAGCGAAAAGGGUGCUCCUUCGUCUGCCUUAGAGGUAACCCUUUUUGUGAAUGACGUAAAUGAUGUUGCUCCAAUAUUCUCACAACCAGCGUACCGUAUCAACGUUCCAGAGGAUCAUGACUUAACUGUUCCCAUCAACAUCUUCAUCUCUGCUACCGACCCUGACAAUGGAACCGGAGGAUCCGUGUCCUAUGAUAUGAAGUCUGCCGGCCAAGCAUCUGCGCUAUAUGGAAAAACAUUCAUCAUGGAUCCACUAAAUGGACAAGUCAUCCUAAAUCAAAGCCUUGAUUAUGAGAAAUUAACCUUUUAUCAGUAUACACUGAUUGCCAAGGAUGGCGGCAAUCCUUCACUUACAAGUACGGCAGACUUAUUGAUUAUUAUAUUAGAUGUUCAGGACACACCACCCAUUUUCCAGGGAUUACCAUACAUGACAACAAUUAAAGAAAACUAUUCUGUGGUAAAUCUUAAAAAAUUCAAACCAUCAAGGACAACUAUUUUCAGAGUUUUGGCUGUUGAUGGGGACACUGGUAUACCAAAUGAUAUAACUUACAGUUUUUCUUCAGGUACAGAAUAUUGCUCACAAUUUCUUUCUGUGGAUCGAAACACUGGUAAUAUCACAAUUAAUAAGACAAUGGACAGGGAUGGUGGACCUAUAAAACAGUUACGUGGAGUCUGCACUGUGAAUGUGAAAGCCUCAGAGGUUACAGAUAAACCCAGCUAUCUGACAGAGACAGUUAAACCAUUCACCAUCACCAUAGAAGAUGUGAAUGACAACCGACCAAUAUUUAAUCAAUCAACUUAUUAUGGCUCUGUAAAAGAAAACAUGACGGAUAUCCCUAUAACAAUAUCUGGGGAUGGACUUUAUGUUAAAGAUAUUGACCAGAUGGGAAGCAAUGAUAUCAAACUCCACGUUUACAUGAACGACAGUAAUAUACAAUUCAAUGAUGUUGUGGCUUUACCUAGUUUGGUGUCCUCUGAGGGGACUUUUCUGCUUCUUUUGACGAAUAAGUUUAAGUUUGAUUAUGAAAAACACUCAAAAAUUAAUUUAAUAAUAAAGGCAGAGGACAAGAAAGAUUCAAGUAUGUUCAGUGUCUGUACCGUACACGUUACAAUCAACGACACCAACGAUAACGAUCCUAUUUUCAAAAACACAUUGGAAAACUUCACUCUUCCUGAAAACAGCUCUUUCAACACAACAGUCACAGAGAUAAAGGCAACAGAUGCCGAUUCUGGGAAAUAUUCCGAAAUUACAUACCGUCUGCAAGGAAGCAACAGGUUCAGCAUCAACUCUACGACUGGAGAAAUAUCAGUGGCAUGUAACAACAGUUGCUUGGACAGGGAAAGACAGAUAGUUUAUUAUAUGUCGGUUGAAGCAAGAGAUGGUGGGGGAAAGGUGUCGUCUGCUCCUGUAAAAAUAACACUCAUGGAUGUAAACGAUAACAGUCCGAUGUUUUUACAGCCAAAAUAUGAAUUUUGGAUUUCGGAAAAUUCUUCAUUAAUAUCAGGAAUGAAUAACUUCACUGUACAUGCAGUUGAUUACGAUGAACCUCGCACAGCUAACAGUUUGAUUACGUUCACUCUUCUUCCUCGACCAGACACCUUAGACAGACAUUUUACCAUUAACAGUACUACUGGGUCUAUCCGGAUCGUUAACCCUCUGACACGUGACCAGUUAUCCUUGAUCCCUAAUGGAAGACUGGAACUAGAGGUUACUGCGCAUGACCAUGGUUCUCCAAGUCUGACUUCAGCUGUGUCUAUUACAGCUUUUUUACAGGUACAACUGCACUCUUCCACAUCGGGUAAUUGUAAUAUCUCAAGUACAACGACAUCGGUGAAACCCACACAUUACGGGAGCGCUUAUUCAGGUAAUACAAUUGCCUCAAAUUUUCCUCCGAUAAUUCACGUGCAAUCAGGCGGUGGCAUUCAGAGAGUGGAGGAAAACAUUGCUAUUGGUAUGUACUUCAUUCACGUAUAA